AUGAAUAAAUUCAUUGAAUGUGUAACAGAUAGUGUGAUUGACGAAGGCACAUUAACGAAUCAACUAGAAGGCAUUCGAACGAAAUACCAGAAUAUAAAUACCCUAACGGAAACACUUAACGAAAUUUAUUCUACAAGAAUACUAUUCCUCCUAUUAAGUAUCGAAUUAAGCCUAAUAACAAACACUUUAUUUUUUGCCAGACAAAAGGAUACAGCGUAUCAGCGUAAACAGCAUCCUCUUUACUACCUAAAAAGUGGAAGUAUGUUGUUGAUGAACGUUGCCUAUUUAACGACUAUGUGUGUGAUUAGUUCUUUGAUGUCAAAGGAGGCUCAAAGGACAGUUCAUAUUUUACAUACUUUAAAGAACAGAUCGGAAGAUUUAAAUGAAACCAUGAGUAGAAAGAUAUUUACGCAGAUAGAGCUAGAGGAGGAGGCAGUAGCCAUUUUUGCCAGCGAUACUGAAUCAGAAGUCGAUCCUUUUAAGACUAGUGGCUUCACUAGACUUUUAGUGGCUCCAAUGAUGAAGACUACAAUCCAUCAGGAUGUAAAGGAGAUGUAG